AUGAUGAGAGAUGCAGAAGAUUAUAAGUUGACGCUUUUUGAUUUGCCACAUGAAGUAUUGGAACAGAUAUUCUGUCGCGUUUCGGGGAAAGAUAUCAAACUGUUAUCUUGUGUGAAUCGAGAAUGUCGAGACAAGGUUUCUUUCUAUCUAUUCAGAAAAAUUCGUGGAUCGUGGGAGCAGCUCAUGGAGCUUGGCGACUCCAAAGUGUCUUUUGACCAAAAGAAUUACGUGCGCGAUAUCGAAAUUACAUCUGCAGAAGCGAAAUAUGAGUACCAGACCAAUGCUCUCCGAAGAGUACUCAACCUGUCGGUGUUUCCAAACGUAACUGGCGUGAGUGUAAAUUCUAAUAGUCUGUCUUUCUGGCUAAAAAACCACGAUUGCCCGAAUAUCUCAGUGCUACUGUUGUACCUGGCGAGUUCAUCUCGUGGUAGCGAGAAGUUAUUCCACCUUUCUCAUGUAGACCUGUUUUCCAACUUGCGCAAGUUGUAUCUCAGCAACUACAAUUUCAGAUGGGGCCAAGACGACGAGGUUCAGCCCUUGUCGGCGCUUCAAGAGUUGAAUCUAUACAAUUGUACCUGGGAGUACCCCUUCAACCUAGCACGGUUCAACCAGCAUGACACACUCACAUCGCUCACUAUCACAUAUUCCGAUGACAAUACAUUUGUGCUUCUGGAAAGAUACCUCGACUACCUCCGAACGCCUUUUCAAGGCCACCUGCAUUCGCUCCGACGUGUGGAUCUAGCCUUCACUCAUUGCAGGCUCUACAAUGGCCAUCUUAGCCCUACGGUAUUAUACAACUUUCUCGAAUGUUUCAGCGGUCUUGAGGAGCUAAAACUUAGAGGCUGGGCCACAAAUUUGGAAAGCUUGCGAUAUGUUCUCUUAGCGAGAGACUACGAAGAUCCGUUCAAUCUUCGAAUUGAGGUUGGCUACGAGGAUGAGAAGGCGAUCAUGCUUUUCCUACACCAGGUAAAAAAGCACAACUUAGAAGUCAAGGUUGCGAUCAUGGAUGAAAGCGAUCAAUUAUAG